CUAACAUGUAUCUCUUAUCAGGGCAAACAAGAAACAAUGAAAAAAAUGUCAGUGGAGGAAAAUACCUCAAACACGCUGGUAGAGCUAAAGAAUGGAGAGACAUACAAUGGACAUCUUGUAAGCUGUGACAACUGGAUGAACAUAAAUCUAAGAGAAGUCAUUUGUACUUCCAGAGAUGGAGACAGGUUUUGGAAGAUACCUGAAUGUUACAUCAGGGGUAGCAACAUAAAAUAUCUUAGGAUUCCAAAUGAGGUUAUUGACAUGGUAAAAUAUGAAAUGGUAAAACAAGGAAGAAGCAGAGGCACAGGAAGACCAGGGCGUGGUGGUCGUGGCGGAGGCGGAGGCCGAGGAGAUCAUAGUGGAGGAGGGGGUGGAAGAGGAGGUGGAGGAGGGGGCCAGAAGAGAAACAGAGAUAAUAGUGCUGGAAAGUAGCUUAACACAUCAGUGAUGUAAAUAGCUUUGUUAUAUACAUGUAUAACCUCAAGGUCAAAAUACAGAAACUGUGUAAGCCUUGUCGUCUGUUGACUGAAGCCACAGGGCACAGGAGCCUUGCAGGGUCUGAUUACUCCGCUAAAAACGUCUGGGUAACAAGCUCAACAGUGCUGUUUGAGGUGACAGUUGAACUGACCAAAGAACUGUCAAUAAAACAUACAAGCUCAAAGUCCUGUAAGACAGUUUCUUUUUUUUCUGUGAGUGAAGUGAUUUUUAUUUGCUAAAUAGACAUUAACAUGAAGGUUCACAUGAGUCCGACGUAAAGAUAAUGUUAGCUAGCACCUUUCCUUCAUUAUAAUUGCAAAACUCUUGUAAGCAAAUUUGGAUAUAAGAAUAUAUGUGUAAGAUUCUCGAAUGGAUAUACUUUUUGCUA